GUCUGAGCUGAGCUGGAGAGAGAGGGAGAAAGAGAGCUAGAGGGCCCAGCAUAGUUUGCAGUUCACAUUGCUAGGAUGUUUUAAUAAGAGCCAGCCUUCCUUUGUGUGCAAGCUUUCUGUGGCAAGGAAAUAGCAGAAGGACGAUUGUGUCUUGCUAGGCAGAGCUGGAGAGGGGCACAGGGACAUGCUGAGGCUCUGCUAACAUUCCUGACUCAUUAUAAGUUUCUGUUGGGGCUGUGCACACAGGAUACAAAGUUGCAAGCAGGGGGAGAGAGAGGCUACCUGCCUGCCACAUAGUGUGCUAUGAUUGCACUCCAGCCUGCCCCAUGACCAGGGACUAUGGGAAACGGUAUGUGCUCCAGAAAACAGAAGAGGGUCUUCCAGGCUCUCGCCUUCCUAGUUGUGGUUGUUGGAUUCAUCUAUGGAGGAAUGCUGAAUUAUGAUCUGCAGAAGCAGCUAAAGAAAGUGGAGGCUGUAGCUGGGAAAUACCAGCAGCAUCAGGAGUCCUUAUCAGCACAGCUGCAAGUGGUGUACGAACACAGAUCACGACUUGAAAAAUCAUUACAAAAGGAAAGGCUUGAACACAAGAAAGCAAAGGAAGAUUAUCUUGUUUAUAAGUUAGAAGCACAGGAAACGUUGAAUAAAGGGAGGCAAGAUUCAAAUAGCCGAUAUAAUGCCUUGAGUGUCCAGCACCAAAUGUUAAAGAGUCAACAUGAGGAUCUAAGGAAACAACAUACUGACCUCCAAGCUGAACAUCAAAAACUAAGUGAAGACCUGACUAGGGCAUUCAGCGACCAUAAAGAAAAGUAUGUUCAUCUACAGCAAGAUAAAGAGCAAGAGCUCUCAAAGAUGAAAGAAAAUGUUUAUAACUUGCGUGAAGAAAAUAAACAGCUCCGAAAAGCCCAUCAAGAUGUUCAUAUUCAGCUUCAAGAUGUCAAGCAACAGCAUAAGAACUUGCUCUCUCAACAUGAACAAGUUGUACUGAACUUGGACAGCCACAAGAGUGCACUGGCAGCUGCACAGAGUCAGGUAGAAGAGUUUAUACAGUUGAAAGAAGCUCUUAAUAAAAUGUCAAGCCUACGACAGAAUGAAAAGAACACUACGAUGACUGAACAUGCUAGCCCACCGACUGAGACAGCCCACAAGCAGUCUGUACAACUAAAUGCCAAAGGGGUUAAUAAUGAAUUGGAGCAGACAAAUGUCCGAACCCAUGAAGAAGAUCAAAACCCAGAUAUCAGAGUUUCUAAUGAAGAAGUCAUAGUUUCAACUAGAGGAAAAUCUUUUCUUGAAAAGUCAGUGGAGAAUAUGAGGCCAGAGAAAGAGGUGGAACCACCGACUGAACAUGCGGUGGAAUUAGAGGAGGAACACAAGAAAGAAAUGGAGGAGGAAGAAAUGGAACAGGUUGGAAAACCAGAACGUUUGGUUGAGGAUCAGGACCAAAUACAGGAAGAACCUGAACAGAGACACUCAGAAGAAGAGCAGAGAGUGGAAGGCAAUGAGGAAGAACAAAGGGAAGAAGAGACCAACAUGAUGCAGGAGCACAAUCACGCAGCAGCGAUUUCUCAAACCGUGAAGCCUCAAAAUAAAUUCAAAUCUGCCUACGAGGAGCAAUUAGAACAGCAGCAGUUAGCAGCCCAGCAUGAGGAGAGAGCCAGGCAACUGAGACAACAGCAAGAAUCCCUGCAUCAACACAGACUACAAGAACACAUGCUGCGGCAGCAAAAAAUGCGUGAACAGGACCUGGAGCUGCAACGGCAGAAUACAUUUAAAGAACAGCUUGUAGAAAAGAUUAGAAAGCAAGCACAGUAUGACAACAUGGACCAGGAUAUUGUACAAGGGGAAGAAGGACAACACAUGCAGGAAGAAGGUGGAGCAUACGAUAGGGAUAACCACCAUGAUGAAGCUGAAGACGUUGAUCUAGCUGCAAAUGAUGGGAAUGAGGAGCAGGGCCUGGCUCAGCAAGCUCACAGUAGAGAGCAGCAAGGGAAGGCUCCUGCAGAAGACGUUAACCCUGCAGAUGAUCCAAAUAAUCAAGGUGAGGAUGAAUUUGAAGAGGCGGAACAGGAGCGAGAAGAGAAUCUGCCAGAUGAAAAUGAACAGCACAGGCUGCAACAUCAGGGCCAGCCAGAAGGACAAGAGCAUUUAGUGAUGGCAGGUAACCCAGAUCAACAGGAAGAUAAUAUUGAUGAACAGUACCAAGAAGAAUUGGAAGAAGAGGUUCAAGAAGACCUUACAGAAGAAAGAAAAAGGGAACAAAAUGGCGAGGAACCUUAUGGGGAGCAUGAUGAAAAUAUUGUGCACAAGCAUAUUGGUGCGGAAAGAGAGCAGGAAGCCCCACACGGGGAGCACAGAGAAAGAAAUGAAGACGAAUAUGAAGAAGAGGGGGAGGAAGAAGAGGACGGGGGUAAAAACAACCAGAGAGCUGAAAUGUGACCACAUUAAAACAAACCCAUAAAAUGUCCGAAAUUCCAAGUUUGCCUUUUUCUAUCUUAUUCCUUUUGUAUUUGUUUCCAUCAGAACAGAUGAGAAAUUUUAUAUAUAUAAAAAAAAAAUCUGUAUUUUAUUAAAUAAUGCUUAUUUUAUUAACGUUAGACUUUAUGCAAUAAUUAUGGAUAGGAUGUUUUAAAAGAUAUUUACUGUUGAGCUAAAGAUGAUCGCCGAUCUAAAAUAAAGCACAGUUGUACUGUA